UGCCUCUAUCGGGUGCGAGACCCUCUGCCCGCCUCCCCGGCUCUCCACCUGCGCGCCUUCCCCCAGCUCGUCCCCUCCCCCGGCUCUGCGCCGGCGCGGUGCCCUCCGGGGCGCGCGGGGAGCCCGCGAAGCGCAUGCGUGGUACGGGGCCCGCCGCUGCUCAGGUUUUGCCGCCGCCGCCGCCGCUGUUGCCGCCUCCCUGCCGGCAAGUGUGGGAAGGAGGAACUGAGGGCCACCGCCGCCGUUGCCGCCAUGGGGAGGAAGUCGAGCAAAGCAAAGGAGAAGAAACAGAAGCGGUUGGAAGAGCGGGCAGCCAUGGAUGCCGUCUGUGCCAAAGUGGACGCUGCCAACAGGCUCGGAGACCCGUUAGAGGCCUUCCCCGUGUUCAAGAAAUACGAUCGGAAUGGGCUCAACGUCUCCAUUGAGUGUAAGCGCGUGUCCGGCCUGGCGCCCGCCACCGUGGAUUGGGCCUUCGACCUGACCAAGACCAACAUGCAGGCCAUGUAUGAGCAGAGCGAGUGGGGCUGGAAGGACCGAGAGAAACGCGAGGAGAUGACAGAUGACCGAGCCUGGUACCUCAUCGCUUGGGAAAACAGUUCCGUCCCUGUGGCCUUUUCUCACUUCCGGUUUGACGUGGAGUGUGGAGAUGAAGUCCUGUACUGCUACGAGGUGCAGCUGGAGAGCAAGGUGCGGCGGAAAGGCCUGGGGAAAUUCCUCAUACAGAUCCUGCAGCUCAUGGCCAACAGCACACAGAUGAAGAAAGUUAUGUUAACGGUAUUUAAGCACAAUCAUGGCGCCUACCAGUUCUUCAGAGAAGCGCUACAAUUUGAGAUCGACGACUCCUCCCCGAGCAUGUCCGGUUGCUGUGGGGAGGACUGCUCCUAUGAGAUCCUGAGCCGGAGGACCAAGUUUGGGGACAGCCAGCACUCCCAUGCGGGCGGGCACUGUGGUGGCUGCUGCCACUGAACUCCCAGACCAGGACGCCCCUCCCAGGCCGGUCCUCCCCGUCUCAUGCCGCCUGCUGGCUGCCCUCAGAGCUGUGGCCUCCUCAGCCCUGCCUGUGCCGGGCUGCCCCCUGAGAGCGCACAGCCCCGGGGAGGAGCGGUCCGCGCUGCCCCUCCUGCUCUCUCCUAGAAGAGCGGGGGCCGGGAGGGAGCAGAGAGGAGAGGAUGCUGCCAGAAGAGGCGGCGGCGGCCUGGGCAUGAGGCGCGGCCUCUCACAGUGGCCGCCUUCUCACGCGGCUCUUGCGCCCUUGGGUGGGAUUCUCCGAUGUCCCUCCAGCUGGACUCGUGACAAGCCCCCUCCCCACCACACCCACAGCUGGACAGAUGGAGUGUUUAUACCCACCUUUAUGAAAGGCCUGGAGCCCUGGGUCAGGGUCUGGCUGGUUCCCAAAGAGGAUGGACUCGGGGCAGGUCUGAGCGUAGAGAGAGGCUUCAGAGAGACUCCUGUGUCCUGGGUGGGACGCUGUGAUGGAGACCUGGGAAGGUCCUUGGUGCCGAGACACAGGGAAGCGGGGUGGGGGGGUCUCUUUCGGCUGUGCCUUUAUGGACCCACAGGUAGCGUGGACUUGGCCCCGGGGACCAGCCGACUCCGGCAGGAAGGCUGCUUCCUUCUCCAUUGCUGUCAGGGAGGGGCCGAGAGGACCAGGAACAGGCCGUGGGGCCUGCCGUGGGGACCGUGGCUUCUCUGCCUGCAUCCUGAGCUUCACCUCUUGAUCUCCUAGAAAAAAGCCUCUCUUCUCCAUCACCUCUCGCCACUUUCUCCCCUGCCUCUCACCCCACCCCAGGUACCCCUGUUCUUACUCUCAAGGGGGGAAUUACAUCAGGGAGCUCCUUCUCUUCCCCCAGAGGGACCCCUUGUUCUUGGCUUACUUAAUGCCGUUUCUGCUCACGUCUUGGUGCUGUUAGCUCUCUGAAGGUGGCGUACCCCUCCCCGCCGCCACUCCCUAUUCAGAGAGCCCCCAGCCAGCAGCAGGCCCCUCUGCCUGCCCUCCCUAGCCUCGCGCCUCACUGCCUCAGUGAGGCACUGGUGCCACUGCCCUGGCUGGCAGCGCAGGCUGCAGCAGGUAUGCCUCUCGGUGGCGGGACAGCUGCUUUUCUCUCUGGGAUCACCUGUGGCAGCAGGCGGGCGCCGGGAGGUGGCUAAAGAGGGUGCAGGGUCAGAGCAUGGACUCACCCUGGUCGUCAGACCUUGUUCCCCUUCCAGGGAAGAAAUGACCAAAUCCUUAUCCAGGAAAAAGCACCUAACGCCUCCCCUGGGACGGCCUUGAGCUCUGCUUUAGGGAGCGUCUCAGGCUCUGCCUUGGUGAGGUUGCUCCCCAGGUCUGUGGGUCCUUCUGACCUCACGCCCCACCUCUGCCCUGACUCAGGCCGCCUCUGCCGGCGGGUCUCCCCAGAGCUGUUCCUGCUUCUCCCCCAGGUCCCUGCCUGUGCAGGACCUGUGCACGUGGCCUCCUUCCCCCAGCCCCGCCCUCUGCUGAGCUCCCCGAUUGCUCCUGACUCGCUGGCAGGAUGUGGCGCUCCCUCGGAGAGGGCCUCGAAGCUUUACACUGGAAUAAGCCCACCUUUGCCCUGCCCUGCGGGCUCUGGGGGAUUCUACCCCAGGGGAGUUCUCCUUGCUGGGAGGGCAUUGCAGGGCUCCUUCCAAGAAUCAUGGCACGACAGAAGCAUAUUCAAAGUUUUUCCUCUGAUCCCUGCUGUCUCUCAAAGGACGCAGAAUGAUGAGUAUUUAUUGUCUUAGAUCCUGGAUUUCUAAUACCUCCCACUCAAGGGGACCAAAAGGGCCCCCAAGUGUCAAUCCCACAUAAGGUGAGUUCAGUGUACGUGUCUCUUUCCCCUUGUCGGCCACCUGGCACCGAGCCCAUGGUUAGGUGGGCACAUGGUGCUGGGCCCUGCUCGUCUGGCCGCCUCGGCCACUUCCCAAGAGCCGCUGGGGGGUCCGGCCAGGUGAGGAGGCGCUCCUGAGACCCGCGGUUCAUCCUGUUGUUGGUGUUGCAGUUCUCAGCCAGCAGCCUCUCCUUUUCCUCAGAAUCUUGGUUUUGAGAAACAGCAGGCCUUUUGUACCAGGCUUUUUGGUUUACUGGGGGCAUGUUCAAAUGUUAAUUUUGAGAUUUGUUUUUCAGUUGUGUCCACCCUGUUUCGGGAUCUUUUCAUUGAUGUCAGAUGUUUAUAUCACAUGCGUAUGUUCUUUUUAACCCUUCCUGGUUUGUUUUAGAGGAAAGUUUGAAGAUAAACCUCUUGUUGAUAUAUUUUUUUCUUUAGUAACUUGUUAUCACUGGAAUCGAAGGAAAAAGUGAUCUCUUUUUGCGUUGGUGGUAUUUGUAUGUCACAAAUAAAAGACACUUUGUUCA